GCUGCUGCCUCCUGUCCGGCUUCCCAUAGGUGAAGGAAAGUUAAGGUGGGCCCCCAGCGAGAUUUUUGUCCCGGGACGACGAGGACAGUCCUGGGGAUUUUUUUUUUUUUCCCCCUGCUUUGGAGGCCCCGGGCUCAAGGCAAAUUAUAAGUGGGAAACCAAUUGGAAGGAAAGAAAUUUGAACCGAGUUAAGGUGCCAGAAAGAGAAGCAGCCCUAUCUGAAGUCUGCAUCUGCCGCUGACAAACUUGGGGUGGGGGGGGUGGGGGUGCUGUGUUAAGGGAAGGGGGUUCAGCAAGCACAGGUAGAGGAGAGGCCGGUACUGCCCCAACAGGCCAUCAGAGAGCGGCAAAAUGAUGGAGGGCCCUAGAAAGAAGUCACUCUAGAGGUAACCGCACGAAGGGGGACCCGCUAUGCCUCGGCUCACGAUCCUUUCCCGCUCCCUUUCUGCUGGGCGCAAAACCAUGCUCACCAAUCCCACCUAAACAAGGAGGCAAGGAGCCCAGCCUUUUGUGCAAACGGGAGCUGUAACUGCCCUCCUUUUCUGCCCCCAAGACAAGAGAGGACUCUUGGAAGCCGAGAAGGCUUUGAGAAGUCCUUUCCGGACUGAGCCGUCGCCGGAGGCCCCUGGCGGCCCGCCCGCGCACAGAGGUCCACGAUGGGCCUGCUCCAGGGCCUUCUCCGGGCGAGAAAGCUGCUGCUCGUUAUCUUCGUGCCGCUGCUGCUGCUGCCUCUGCCCAUGCUCCACCCCAGCAGCGAGGCCGCAUGUGCUUAUGUGUUGAUCGUGACUGCUGUGUACUGGGUGUCUGAGGCGGUGCCCCUCGGAGCUGCAGCCCUGGUGCCUGCCUUCCUUUACCCGUUCUUCGGAGUCCUCCGAUCCAGUGAGGUGGCCGCCGAAUACUUCAAGAACACCACGCUGCUGCUGGUGGGUGUCAUCUGCGUGGCAGCUGCCGUGGAGAAGUGGAACCUGCACAAACGCAUUGCUCUGCGCAUGGUCAUGAUGGCUGGAGCCAAGCCGGGCAUGUUGCUGCUCUGCUUCAUGUGCUGCACCAUGCUGCUCUCCAUGUGGCUCUCCAACACGUCCACCACCGCCAUGGUGAUGCCCAUCGUGGAGGCCGUGCUGCAGGAGCUGGUCAGUGCCGAGGAGGAGCAGCUCGUGGCGGGCAACUCCAGCGCCGAAGAGGCCGAGCCCAUCAGUCUCGAUGUAAACAACAGUCAACCCUCCCUGGAACUCAUCUUUGUCAAUGAAGACACGUCGACUGCAGACUUCACUUCUCUGAUGCAGGACAAGAACCUGAAUGGGGUGCCCCCAAUCACCAACCCUGUCAAAAUGGCAAGCCCCCAGGGCAAGAAGCAGCACCGAUCCCAGGAAAAGCCACUAGUCCUGAUUCCUGGGCCCAGGAACCAGGAGCUCAACAGAAAGUACAAGUCCCAGCGUGACCAGAUGAUCUGCAAGUGCCUGUCUCUGAGCAUAUCUUACGCUGCUACCAUUGGGGGCCUGACCACCAUUAUUGGUACCUCCACCAGCCUCAUUUUCUUGGAACACUUCAACAACCAGUACCCAGCUGCAGAGGUGGUCAACUUCGGCACCUGGUUCCUCUUCAGCUUCCCCAUCUCCCUCAUCAUGCUGGUGGUCAGCUGGUUCUGGAUGCACUGGCUGUUCCUGGGCUGCAAUUUUAGAGAGACCUGCUCUCUGAGCAAGAAGAAGAAGACCAAAAGGGAAGCGUUGUCAGAGAAGAGGAUCCAAGAGGAAUAUGAAAAGCUGGGAGCCAUUAGCUACCCUGAAAUGGUAACCGGAUUUUUCUUCAUCCUGAUGACCGUGCUGUGGUUUACCCGGGAGCCUGGCUUUGUUCCUGGCUGGGAUUCUUUCUUUGAAAAGAAGGGCUACCGCACGGAUGCCACGGUCUCCGUUUUCCUCGGCUUCCUCCUUUUCCUGAUCCCGGCAAAGAAGCCUUGCUUUGGGAAGAAGAGUGACGGGCAGAACCAGGAGCCCUCCCGGGGGACGGAGCCCAUCAUCACCUGGAAGGACUUCCAGAAGACCAUGCCCUGGGAGAUUGUCAUUCUGGUGGGAGGAGGCUAUGCUCUGGCUUCAGGCAGCAAGAGCUCUGGCCUCUCCACAUGGAUUGGGCACCAGAUGUUGUCUCUGAGUAGCCUCCCACCGUGGGCCAUCACCCUGUUGGCAUGCAUCCUGGUGUCCAUUGUCACAGAGUUUGUGAGCAACCCAGCCACCAUCACCAUCUUCCUGCCUAUCCUAUGCAGCCUGUCCGAAACGCUGCACAUUAAUCCACUCUACACCCUGAUCCCAGUCACCAUGUGCAUCUCCUUUGCAGUGAUGCUGCCCGUGGGCAAUCCCCCCAACGCCAUCGUCUUCAGCUAUGGGCACUGCCAGAUCAAAGAUAUGGUGAAAGCUGGCCUGGGGGUCAAUGUCAUUGGCCUGGUGAUCGUGAUGGUGGCCAUCAACACAUGGGGAGUUAGCCUCUUCCACUUGGACACUUUUCCAGCCUGGGCUAAGGUCAGUAACCUCACUGAUCAGGCCUGACACAAGCGGGCACACAGCCCAGCCAGAGGAGCUACGAGCGCCGAACAGAAUCUGACCAAGAAAGCCGCCAGGAGCACACAACCCCCACCAGAAGAUUCCACAGCCUGCCACCUCAGGUGACGAGCAGGAAGCCCCCGAUGCUGGGACGUUAGUGCCUUCUUCUCCGCCCUCCUUCCUCAGCACUGUAGUUCAGGAAAACCUAGCAUCGUUCUCACGUCCUGUAUCUUGGGCUCUCCAGGUCUUUCUGAGGACAGGAAGAGCAGAAAGGCUGACUUAGUCACCCCUCAGAGGCUCACUAAGCCUCACAAACUACCCUCACUGGCUUCCAUGUUAUUAAUACUUAACCCCUUUUUAGGAGUUGGAGAAGAAAUCAAAUCAUCCCACCUGUGUAGUCACAGCUCCUCUUUCGGAGGAAAAUCUUCCCCUGGAACUUUCUCCUCAGAGUUUCUAUCCUAAGUUCUCACCACAAAAAGGCGAUCUUGGCAAGUCCUCUUUGUGGCGAUCAGUACUCUUUUCUCACUACUCUGAUUCCCUUCUAAGCAGCUCCCUUCAGUGGCUUCUCUUUACCCUUGGCACCAAAUUCCCAUAAAGAAAUAGUGCCCCCCUUUAGAAAGAGGCUUGUACUGUUCUCUUUGUCCAAGGAAAAAGAAGUAGAGACAGAAGACACACUGAAAUCAGUACAGGUAUCCCCGGCUUUUCAAAAGUUCUGGUUUCGCCACUUUGCUUUUACAAAAGACUCACGUGAGUACCUGUUUUCGCUAACCGGAGGAAAUCUGAAGAGGAUUUUUGGAUUUCCGAGAGGAGUCCAAGUAGUGUUCAGCAGUUUUGCGGCGAGCCCUUCGAGGGGCAGUGCGCAACCUGAGCAACUGGAGUGGUGCCGCUGGGCCGCCUCCCGGGGAACUGCACCCAGCGUCUCUGCACGGAGCUGCCAGAGCUGCGAGCUGCAUCUGCGAGCGUCCGUGCUGUAUGCCCGUUUACUUUGCACGCCUGUCAGCAAGAAGUUCCUAAGGUAUCAGGGAAGCCUAGGAGAGGUUAUUGCGGAGGUCUGGAAACGCUCAAACGUCUUUCCGUGUAAAUUAAUGGCAGUUGCCUCUUCGCUUUAUGUCAUUUUGGCUUAUGGAAGGUUUCAUAGGAAUUCUCUACUUUUGGAGAGCGGGGGGGCACCUGUCUCUCUCUUCGCUUUCCACUAAUCAUCAAUACCACUGCAUUGGUUGAGUUGGGAGGGAGAAAAAACUUCCAUACCUGUCUUAUUAAAAAGGCCAAAACUAUCAUUAAGACCACAGUGCUAUUAGCGAUAUCUGACUGGCUUUCUUUUGGAUGUAAUGAGUAGUUUGUUCUUGAGAAAGCAAGUACAGAAGGCCUCACACACCAGCCACUUCCUACAGGGAGCCCCUCGAGGGGAGAGACGUCUUACGUCUCUUCAAGUCCCCCGCAAUUCAUACAAUAUAGUAAACUAACUACUUAAUAAAUGUUUCCUGUGAGAAAAAAUCA